UCCCUGCAGAGGAUUCUGAGACAGCAGGUGGAUCUCCCACAGCCUCCACCCACAGGUACCAUGAAGGCCUCCGCAGCUGCCUUUGCAGUCCUCCUCGCCGCUGCCGCCUUCUGCGCUCCUGCCUCUGCCUCCCCAUAUGCCUCGGACACCACCCCCUGCUGCUUUGCCUACCUCUCCCACCCGCUGCCCCUCAGCCACCUCCAGGAGUAUUUCUACACCAGCAGCAAGUGCUCCAUGCCAGCAGUCGUUUUUGUCACCCGAAGGAAGCGCCAGGUGUGUGCCAACCCACAGAAGAAAUGGGUGCGGGACUACAUCAACUCUCUGGAGAUGAACUAGGAUGGAGGGUGCCUUGAACCUGAACUUCUGCAAAGUUCCCUGCUGCUUCUUGCUCAUGUCCUAACCAGCGUGGGAGACUCCCCACCAACCCCUCCUCUCCCU